AUGCAUUCUCCGACGCGAGACCCACUAGGCGAUAUUCACCAAUAUCUUCGGGCCCUCGAAGAUGAAAAGGGGGUGAUUCUCGAGGAUCUCUCCCAGCAAAGCGCAUGGACGAAACCUGAAGGUCAACGACGGACACUGAAGCUCUUGGAUCUCAAUUCAAACGACCAGCUCCUCGCGUCAUCUGAGGAGGUCAAGGAGCUGGAAGAUUUCGAGGCAGAACUGAAGACCGAGCUUGAGGCUGAAACACGCAAGUGGCAUUCACGUUGGCCCGAGCCAGAGGAAUGCUCCAUGAUCUUGAAGAUGGAGCUGAGUCGUGGGCAGGCUGAGCUCGAGGCCAACUAUCAGCAAUUCAAAAAGCAGUUUGCAGAAAUGGAACCCUCAAAAGCCGACUGUACUCUUGUCGAUGUUCCAUCGCCUCCUCUUCGCGGGGAUAUUCCAAAGAGCAAGGAGAGAGCACGCGAACCCACAAACAAGAUCGUUGGAGAUUUGAUUACAUUUGAGAGCCAAUUUCAGAAUGAGAACAUCGCCUGCAGCGAUUUUAUUCAGAAGGCAUGUGUAACUGGUCGGGUUGAUCUCAUCACAGACUGUCAGGAAGAGGAUCUAACGACAUGCAGCGAUGCAGUGGAGACGGGUAAAUUUGACAUUCUGGUUGAUCUCAAUACAGAAAUUCCGAGGGAUAACCCAGAGAGCAAGGCAACUCCAAAGACACCAUGUAUAUCCGAUGAUCUGGCUGUACUCGUGACAGACUUCCCAAUUCCGACAGAGAACGGCGGAAACAGCGAGGAUUCAACAGAGGUACCAACCUUCAGGGAUGUUGAUGACAUAGUCCAAAUUAUAACGCAAGGUUACGUUCAACUCAUUAAGAAAAGAAAAGAGUCUGUCAACAAGGAGCUGAAGGACAUGAAGACCGAAGUAGUGGAGGUCAGGAAGGCGAAACUUCAGAUGCAGCCACUUUACAACAUUGGUCUUGCGAUCAGAAAGCGUCAAGUUGAAAUCGAUUCGGGAAAGGGAAAAGAGGACAAGGACCAAACCGUUAUUGCCGACGGGAACUCUGCAGCUCACCACGCACAGGUGUUGGCCGAUGCCACCUGGAUGAUGUCGUCGCCUGAAGAACAGCGCUUCAAGGAGAUGUAUAACGGAGUCUCGGCGAAAACUGUAUUGGAACAUAGGGGCCACACCACUUUCCUGGAUAUCUUGAACUGGAACCUGAAUAUGAGACAGUUCACACCGACAGGCGGCAUCAACAGGACUGUCUUCAAUAAACUGUUCCAAUUCGUCUUUACAAAAUCUGCCCCUCGUUCAAGAUCACCGACAAAGAUUUUGAGCAGGAUAAAAACCUGAGAGAUGCUCUUGCUGGUAUGAGGAGUCAGCAUAGUGUUGCUUAUGGGCGAGAGAUCCAAACACGCCAGAUGAAUCGC